UUCUCUAGCCCCGCCCCCCUACGCACACCUGUUGCACACACCAACCGCACCUGAGAGCCUCUCCCACCGUCAGAGAUGCGCCCAGCGAGGGCAAAUACUCCCCUCCACUAUUUUUCCUGUCUGACAAGUCUGAAUGCAACCGUUCCUUCACCGCCUCAAGCUGACUUGACAUGCUAGAGCUCCUGGCCUACCUCCAUGAUCCGGAGCUUGUGGCCCGGUUCCAGAGACGGUGCGGACUCUUCCUCAUCGAGGCCGCGCAUCACAGCGGAGGGACUACACCCGUCUCGACGGGAAGACAAAACCGCAGCGACAAACCACGUGGACACCUGCGGGAAGCCAGCGACCACCUGGACAAGACUGCGCACUAUAAACUCAAGGCAUCUGGAUCUGCUAAUGGUGACCCAGGCAGGCCUCAGUAUGAGGUGAGGAACUGGCUGCUGUACUUCCUCUUCCUGCUCUCAGCAGGUCUGGGACAUGAAGUCUUCUACAUCACCUGUUUGCCCUGCAUCCACUGGAACGUGGACCCCUUUCUCUGCCGACGCCUUGUUAACAUCUGGACUCUGGUGAUGUACGUCGGCCAGCUGAUGAAGGACGUGCUGAAGCUACCUCGGCCUCUGUCGCCCCCUGUGGUCAAACUGGAGACGCGCGUCAUUGCCGAAUACGGCCUGCCCUCCACCCACGCCAUGGCCGCCACUGCCAUCUCCUUCACCUUGCUGCUCAGUGCCACUUCCAGGAUACAGUUCCAGUUUGAGGUGGGUCUCCUGAUCGCAGUGGUGCUGUCCUCUCUGGUGUGUCUCAGCCGUCUGUACACGGGCAUGCACUCAGUUCUGGAUGUGAUCUGUGGUGCUUUGAUCUCAGCCGUCCUGAUGUUCCUCACUUACCCAUACUGGGACACGUUUGACCGCUUCCAGCUCACCAGCCCCAUCUCCCCGAUUGUGGCGCUGGCACUGCCCCUCUUCCUCAGCUACACAUACCCCGAGCUGGACCAUUACAGCACCACACGGGGCGACACAACCACUAUUUUAGGAGUUGGAGCCGGGUGCUCUGUGGGGUACUGGGUGAAUGAACAACUUGGGCAUACUUUUGAGCCCCAGGGGGUGUUACCUGUACCUCUACCCACACUUACAGCAAAUACUCUGGCAUUAGGCACCGGCCGGUUCUUUGUGGGGGUUGUGGCGUUAGUGGGAACUCGACAGAUCGUGAAGACGGUGAGUCUGUGGGCAUUGUACUCUUGGUACCGAGUACCACAAAAUGACACAAAUGCCAAGAAGAGGAGAAAGAUUGAAGUGCCUUACAAGUUUGUCACAUAUACAUCUAUUGGCCUUGUUAAUUCUAUAUUGGUUAACAGAAUCUUUGUUCUGCUGCAUCUGCUAUGACCCAAUGGUAUAACACAAAUAAAAUACAACUUAUUUUUCUCACACAACUGACUUAAAUUUAUUGAAUCAUUUUCCCCACACAGCCUCUCGUAUGAUCAGUUUUUGUUGUGGUUUUAAUCAUGCCAGUUUGGCUCGUCUUCACAAAACCUGUGCAAACCAGAACGUCUUCAGGAAAUAUGUCUAGGUUCACUGCCAUUUCCUCACGAGGGAGAGCUCCACCUUGAAUCUGAGAAGUUCAUACAAGUCAGGAAAACCUGAUCAAAACCAGUUCAGCUGAAACUUUGCAACUUCUUUUCAGUCUCACCUCUGUCUUGUCUUUACUUUGCAGUGCUGUGUUGGGUUUGAAUUGGCUGUCCUCUAUGCUGUUCUUUUUACACUCACGGGCAACACGCAGAAAAGAGUCAACUUGACACUACAACAGUAGACCUGGGAAGGAAUGCUGGUGCACCUGUCGGACAUCAUUGCAAUGCAUUGCAUCAUGCAGGCAUCUUGUUAUGAUUUGCUUUCAUAUGCAGGAACAUUUUAACUUUGAAAGAAUCUAAGUAUCAACA